CAAUUUCUUCCAUUAUCGCUGAAAAUACAAAUAUAUGAGAUCAGAGCUACAAGCGAAGCUACUAUGGGUUCCAAAACACCAGAAGGCCAUCACCAGAGCCCACAUGGCGAGGCCAGAGCACACGUUGCUAAUACUUCCAACCCGCCAAAAUCCGCUGCAGCGGCUGGCCUCACCCACAGCACUCUCGAGGGUCAAGAAGAGGCAGAUGACGACGAAGACGACGAUGAGAAGAAGAGCGGAACCGGAAUGAACAACGGCGUGAGCCCCGAAUUGAAGAAAAAGAAGAGAAAAAGAAACAAGUCAAACAAGAAGAAGAAAGACGCAUCCGCUCAACAGCAGACUGCACCUCCUAGAACUGCGCUUGCUACUCUUUUCAGGGAUGGAAAAUACCCAGAAGGAGAGAUUGUAGACUAUGUCGGCAGAGACGAGAACCUGCAACGCACCGGAGCAGGCGAGCUGCGCCACCUCGCCGCGGUAGCUAACAUGGACGACGACUUUCUCAAGGACUAUCGCAAAGCCGCCGAGAUCCACCGCCAGGUACGCCAAUAUGUGCAAACGCUGAUCAAGCCAGGAGUUGCUAUGUCCGAACUUGCUCGAGAAAUCGAGGAAGGGGUUCGUGCGUUGACUGGCCAUCCAGGCGUGGAGACGGGAGACGCUCUCAAAGCCGGAAUGGGGUUCCCAACCGGACUAUGCUUGAAUAACGUCGCUGCCCACUGGACUCCCAAUCCAGGAGGUAAAGAGGUCUUCCUUCAACACGGCGAUGUACUCAGUGUUGACUUCGGCGUCCAUGUUAAUGGACGAAUCGUCGAUAGCGCUUUUACAGUAGCACCUGAUCCAGUCUUCGACAACCUGCUUGCGUCGGUACGAGCCGCUACCAACACCGGGCUGAAGGAAGCUGGAAUCGACGCGCGCAUCGAAGAGAUCAGCGAGGCUAUCCAGGAAGUCAUGGAGAGCUACGAGGUACAACUCAAAGGCAAAACCAUCCCUGUCAAGGCGGUCAAAAACAUCAGCGGCCACAACAUCCUCCGUUACAAGAUUCACGGCGACAAGCAAGUCCCCUUCAUCAAAACCAAAACUAGCCAGCGCAUGGAAGAAGGCGAUGUCUUCGCUAUCGAAACCUUUGGGACUACUGGUAAAGGGUACAUGCGCGAUGAUGUCGGCGUGUAUGGCUACGGUCGCAACGAGCAUGCGAAUACCUCCGGUCUACACUAUGCCUCGGCCAAGUCUCUACUCAAGACUAUUGAUGCCAAUUUCGGCACCAUUCCGUUCUCCAGGAGCUAUUUGGAGCGGCUAGGUGUCAAGGGUUAUCACUUGGGGAUGAAGUCGCUGGUUUCGCAUGGGAUUGUGCAAGAGUACGCUCCGUUAGUCGAUGUUCCUGGGUCCUAUGUUGCGCAGUUUGAGCAUACUGUUCUGCUCCGACCGAACUGUAAGGAAGUCAUCUCCCGCGGGGAUGACUAUUAAGAGUUGUUGAGAUGAAGCAUGGACGUAGGAUAGCAGGGGGAAGGCCUGCUUUAUUCGCGAGUAUUCGUUGACUCCAACAGUCAUUUGGCUAUGCAACUUGAACAAAAGCACUUCAACAUGUUUAAACAAACCCAUCAUUCUCUAGAACAUAAACUCGAAUAAAUACAUUCAUUUGACGUCUUUUCAGCAUCCCAUCAAGCCCUACGUAGAGACAAAUCAUAGACCCCACCUUCCCACUCGUCCAAAUCUCCCC